AUGGGUGAUGCAUGGGCCUUGGAGCCUCGUUUAUAUGGCCUGGCAGAGCGAUUGAUUGGUGCGGAGCUGGACGUUGGGAUGUUUAGGGGGUGGGACGGAGGAGGGAGGGUCCUGCUGGGACACAGUGCUGAGCCGGAGGGCGAUGGCGGCACGUCCCUGAUCCAAGCUGAUCCGCGGGACACUGGGAAGCUGAAAAGAAGUGCCAAAGGGGCGCAGUGGUGGGCUAUCCCCUCCUCACCAGCCAACAGAGAGAGGGUCAGGCUGGGGAUAAGAAGGGGCUUGAGGGACCACCGUGGGGAUAGUCUGAAGGGCCCUGAGAAAACGAAGAGUUGGUAA